AUGCCAGCAGGAUCAAACGUGGAUAAAUCGAAGUUCUGCCGAUUCCACAAAGGUCACAGGCACAACACUGAAGACUGCAUCCACCUGAAGGACGCAAUAGAGAUAUUAAUUCGGGAGGGACACCUGAAACAAUACGCGAAGAAGCAAGAGGCUGCCAAAGAGGCUAAACCGAUCACCGAGGAAAAGCCGGCGGAGGACACGCCCGCCAUGCAAGUGGCCAUGAGCGUCACCAGGCCUGAAGAUUUUUACCUCCCUGAUUGGGCCAAGUUAGCAACCACCCCGUCCCCUCACAGCUCUUGGGAAAUGUUCCCGUCUGCCACGGUCAUAUCCGGCGGGGGAUUCAGCAAGCUCACCGUCGGAUCAGUAAUACGCAAAUUCGACGAGCUGAUCUCAGCCAGUGCAAACAAAACCUCUACUCUCGACCACGCCAAAGGCAGCCCAUCCUCCAUAUCCUUCUACAAAGAAGAGUUGCCCGGAGGAGCACCCAACGCAACCAUUCCCCUUCUCAUCCGGGCUCGGAUGGCCAACUUUGAUAUGCGAUGCAUAUUGGUCGACCAAGGAAGUUCAGUGGACAUCAUGUACUCCCAACUGUUCAAAACACUGCAACUUAAUGACAAUCACCUCACCCCGUACGUUGGAUCAGACCUGUAA